UGCUCCGCCCCCUGUGUUUGUCGUAAACCUGGCUCCUGGCUACAAUAAACCCGAGCUAAGAGCGCCCUGGGCUCGCCUCCUUCUCCAAGGCGAUCAAUCGGAUCUCAGGCGUUCUACAAGCACUCUCUUACGUAGCCAUCCAGAAGGAGAGAGCUUCAACAACACGGUUGAUUUGCUCAACAAAAUCUACCUGCUUUCUGAACCAUGUCGUUGAGCCCAAAGCAUACAACGCCUUUCUCAGUGACUGAUAUUUUGAGUCCUAUCGAGGAGACCUACAAGAAGUUUAGUGGCAUGGACGGCGCAGGGAACCUAACCUCUCCACUGGGAGCUUACCGACAGCCUCAGGUUUCCCAGACUGGCAUGCAACAGCACUCCAUGGGACACAACGCUACCGUGGCGACCACCUACCACAUGCCACACACUGUCUCCCAGUUCUCGCACAGUGCCAUGGGGGGAUACUGCAAUGGGAGCAUUGGCAACAUGGGAGACCUUCCGUCGUACCAGGAAACCAUGAGAAAUAGCGCAGCAGCAACAGGGUGGUAUGGCGCGAACACGGAUCCAAGAUAUUCAACGAUUUCUAGAUUCAUGGGACCUUCCACAGGUAUGAACAUGACUGGAAUGGGGACCCUGACAGGCAUGGGGGACGCCUCCAGGUCCAUGCCACCCCUGCACGCAGCGCCCAGGAGGAAACGACGGGUACUAUUCUCCCAGGCUCAGGUGUAUGAGCUGGAGAGGAGAUUCAAACAACAGAAAUACCUCUCGGCGCCAGAGCGGGAACACCUGGCCAGUAUGAUCCACCUGACGCCGACCCAGGUCAAGAUCUGGUUCCAGAACCACAGGUACAAGAUGAAGCGGCAGGCCAAGGACAAAGCCGCGCAGCAGCUGCAGCAGGAAAGCAACAUGUGUCAGCAACAACAGUCUCCGAGGCGCGUGGCCGUGCCUGUUCUGGUGAAGGACGGUAAACCGUGUCAGAACGGCUCCAACACGCCAACGCCGAACCAGCAGCAGGUACAGCAGCAGCAGCAACAGCAACAUAACGGCUCUGGGGUGCUCCCGGCUUCCAGUAAUGCCAUCAAUCAACAUCAAAACCAGCAGGUCCACUCCUUAGUUCAGGCCCAAGACCUGGAGGAGAUAUCACCUAGCCCCCCUUCACUCCACAGCCAGAUCAACAUGGCGCAGAUAGACACUUCUGCUAUAGACUACACCAAUAACAUGGUCAGCUCCAACCUCCUCUACGGCAGAACGUGGUAGGACCUGCUGUCCUUUUACAUUUUUAUAUUUUAACCUGCGGAUGAGCUUAAGAGACCGAGACAUGUAUCAUGUUGAUAUACACAUCUGUGCGAAAAUUUAGCCCUUGGGUGGCUGAGAUGACAACACGCUCAGUCGCAUCAGCUGGUCAGGGCACAUUUUCUUGACAUUUCUAAGAGGGAGACUAUUUUUGAACAUUACACGAAAUGGCUGCCCUUGAAACAGAUUGUGUCGUUUCGGGACCUUUUAUAAUCAAUGUGAUGGACUUCCUCAUGAUGUUAACGUAGAUGGGGACUGGAGGGAAAAGGGAGAGAUAUAGGUGGGAUCAGGUAUGAACUCUCAAGGUACUAAACCACCCCUCAUUUGCGGUGAUAACCUUGGUAUAAUAUGCUAUUGAUAUUGUAAACUAAUGUAUUCAUUUAGACUUAAAGAAAGUAGAAACUGUAGGCCUAUAUGAAGUUUCAUUCCAAAACGCUAUAUAUCAAUUUUCAGAAAUGUUGGUCAAUUUUAUUGUUUAAAUAAUUAAAUUAUGAAAGAGAUUGUUGUGUUUUUUUCACUAUCUAAUCAUUCAAUGGGUUGUUCAUUGAGAGACAUGUAUUUGAUUAAAACCUAGAAUUUGAUGGUUUCAUUUCAGAAAGACAAAUAAUGAUGUUUUUUUUUUGCUAAAUACUAUAUAUCCUCCUCACUCUCAGAGAAAUAAGUAGUACUGCUAAGUUUUACACAGUCAUGUGACAAUUAACACAUUUUUAAAAUAUAGAAAUGUAUAAAUUAUACAUUUGUACCAUCAAUAGCCUAUUUAAUUAAAACUAAUACAAUUAUUAAAUACAGGAAUAUGAGAUCUGUAAAACACUUUACAUUUGAAUCAUUUCGCAGAUGCUCCUGAGUGACUUACAGUAAGUGAAUUCAUCUUAAGAUAGCGAGGUGAGACAACAACAUAUCAGUCAAAUAUAUGCUAUAUGAUACUAACAUUCCAUUCCAGCUAAUCAACGGAUAUAUAGCGUUUUUCAAUAAUAAUAAUAAUUCAUACACAUCUGAAAUCAAUGUAUAAAAACAUCGGAGAAAAGUUUUACACACACAUAAAUGUGCCCAUAAGCAAUCUGAUAAGAAAACAAAAACACAUGUGAAAAAUGUGUGGAUUUUAGCGUUUUGGAAAUAUAAACUUCAUAUUUGGCUAACACACGACAACGCUUUUACCUGUAUAAUAAUUGUUUUGAAGUCGACUUUUUUGUUUUCUUUAUUAUUUUGUAAGUUAAAACGAACAAAUGCGUGAUGGCUGCUGUAUGUGUUUCAAACCAAUUGAACAUUAACAAUAAAUCACUUGAAGUGCGAGCUAUUUCUGGCGAAUUAAUUUUUAUAAGGAUCUGGUUGGAGUGCGUUUUCAUUAUUGUGUGAUUGAGAGCAAAUUGAGUUGGAAAGCAAGGUCGAUG